GCCCGAACGAGUGCUCCUACGAGCACAAUUCUCUUAGGGUGUGACCGGAUUUCCUGCUAUUGUUAUGAUACGAUUCCGGUUUAACCUGUCUGCAAUACAUGCAAUCCAUGCCAUCGGGCCGCGGAGGAGAAGGAGGUGGGUUCACGGCUUUACGAGGCCAAGAACGCCAGGAAUGCCCAAUUCGUGGAAAUGAAGAGUCUGAUACAGGCACAUGUCACAGAAUCGUACUUGUACGGUACGAGUACUACCGUUAUGUCGAUUAGCAAAGAAAGCGGAAUAAUACGAGCAGAGGAGAGAGGCGGAGAGGUGGAGUGGUGGAGGAUGUCAGCACCCAGUCGUGAGUGAUGGAAUAGAUAAGUUGAGUUUUAAUUUUCAGCGGCAGAGUUAACUUACUCCAAAGUAAUCUAACGUCGUAAUAAUAAUACGGUAUGGUAUUACUGUACCAGUAUGAACCGAUGGAGCCGCACUUGAUUCAUCCCGUACGGUACAGCACUCCAUCUCUCCUUCCUCCUCUCCUUCCUCCUCUCCCUCCCCCUUCCCCACCCCCUACUCCUCUUCCUCCUCCUAUAACCAUCCUCCCUCAAACCCUUCUCUAUCUGAUAUCACCAAGAUGUCCUCGCCGCCCUACUCUACCAGCCAGCUAUUGACCACGGUCAUGAAGAAUCCAACUGUCCUUGUACCGACCCCAUCGACAACUUCAACAUGGGAAUCGGGGGAUUUCCGCAAUAUUACUUAUUCAACAAUAAAGCUGCCCGCCGGAGCCACAGAGGAUACUACAUUUCAAGUAACAGGUCCUGGAGGACCCACGGGUCUCCGGAGGCAGGGUCAGGAGCACUUGUACACUGUAAUAGCUAUAGGGCAGCCAUUACCCUCAAAUGAAUCGACGAGCACCACGACCACGGGAAAUUCAGCCUCUCAGCCUCGCAGCAAGCCCACCGCCGAGCCCGCCCCCUCACCCCCCGCCGCGCCCACCGACAUACCAGUAGCCACCGGCGGGGCUACAUUGCCGACUCCCCUACCUGCCCAACAGACGGGCUCGAGCGAUAACGCCCCAAAAGUGGUAGCAGGUGUCAUAGGGGGAUUAUUUCUUCUCACCUUGGCGGCUCUUCUGUUCUUAAUAUUUAAGCUGAGAAAGGCCGCAAAAGACCGCGCCCUCUCUCCACCAGCGAUGGUAUUCACAGAAACCAGCUCUGCAAAAGGCCAGUCUACAAUCAGCGAAUUAAGCGCCAGAAACACAGACCUAAUGAACCAACUCGAGGAACGAAACGCGCAACUCUCUGCUCUGCAGGCGACUCUGAUGCGCUCCAAUAGAAUUGAAAGAUUGGGUCAUUAUACAUUUCAAGUCCACGGAACAGCGCCCCGAUCUUUCACCGGAGCUGCGAGAGAUCCUGAUUUCUCAGGUUCCGCUAUUCGAUCGGUUGCUGCAGCAGCCUAG